AACCGCUCUACUUAGCCUCGACCCUUCCACCGUGUAUCCGUCGCCCAUCCAGCGCUCGUCUCCUCCCUCUCGCCAGUCUAGUUUCUUGACCUCGUCGCCUGACCUCGUCAUCACAUCUAAGUCUGACUUGUGGCUCUGGCCGUGAACCGGCGUUCUAUCGCCAUCCUCAAAUCAUUGUUGCAAACAUCCUUCCACAUAAUACUUGUCCCUCAGAGGCCUCGCCCUGGGAGGAAUGAAGGACACCUAUCGUACUUGCCCUCGGCUGUGUCACCGUUGACGUGAGUUGCCAUCACGCCCCAACAGAGUCCAGUUGACACAAUGGACUCCAUCUCUACCACCAUGACCAUGACCGUGGCCACAACGCCCUCGACCUCUCAACCUCACCAGUCAGACUCUCCUCGCCCCAUGACUCCCACUAGUCCUCUCAUCGAAGCCACCACUGCCUUUGACCAACCAGCCAAACUCAAAGGACGCCAUAGACUGCUUGCUGGUCUGCACCGCAUCUCAUCCUCUCCUUCACUCGCAAAGUUAGGCCGGAACCGCUCCAGCGAAAAGGUCUACAAGUCUGGUCAAAAAGCCUCCAUCUCUUGUGUCUCUCUGAAUUCCCCCACCGUCGGGUAUCCAUUAUCCUCGCCCCUGUCAUACAACUCACAACUAUCCAAUGGCUUUUCCACCGCUCCCACCACUCCUGGAACGCCGGUAAGCCAACAGUCCUACUUCGAAACAAACGCCCGCCUGCGCCCUCUCGACCCUACCGAUGUCACCUCGAUUCCUAUUCCCGUAGAUCUGAGAUCUUCCAAGCCCCUGUCCACCCCGCUGCCCGAAAUCUCGGAAAAGCCCUUCCCAAGGCGGCAGAACUUCAACUUUUGGAAAGAUAUGCCCUAUGAACUUCGAGUUCACAUCCUUUCCUUCCUCUCCCCCAAAGACAUCAUCAAGGUCUCCGCUGUUUCGUCCGAAUGGCACGAUAUAUGCUUUGACGGUCAGCUCUGGACGAGCUUGGACUGUCAGACAUAUUAUCAACAAAUCACCUCUGACGCAUUGAUUAAAAUCAUGCUCAAUGCAGGCGCUUUUGUCAAGAAUCUCAAUCUCAGAGGAUGCGUGCAAUUGCGGGACCAAUGGUUGAGCCUAGGAACCAGAAUGACAAACCAAGAGUGCAGGAAUUUGGAAACCUUUAGUAUCGAAGGCUGUUCCAUCGAGCGUUCUUCUAUCCACUUUUUCCUCCUGCGAAACCCACGAUUGAUCCAUAUCAACAUGCCCAGCAUGCAAAACAUCAACAAUGCCACCAUGAAGAUCAUCGCAACACAUUGUCCUCAGCUCGAACUUCUCAAUAUCGACUGGUGUUCGCAGAUUGAUUCCAAGGGCUUGAAGAAAGUCUUGCAAGGAUGUUCCAAGUUGUCCGAUCUCCGUGCAUCCGAGGUCAGAGGACUGGACGACAAUGGCUUCAUGUUGGAAGUCUUCCAGCGUAACAACCUUGAGAGACUCAUCCUCCAGCACUGCGACAGUCUAACGGACGAAGCCCUACGGAUCAUGGUCCAAGGCGUGGAGCCCGAACUGGACCUGCUCACCGACAGACCCAUCGUCCCACCACGCAGACUUCGCCAUCUUGACAUUUCCCGCUGCAGAAGUUUGACUGAUAGAGGUAUUCAAGCCAUGGCUCAUAAUGUCCCGUACCUGGAAGGCCUCCGCCUGUGCCAAAACACGGCACUGACCGACGACGCGUUGGAGCAUUUGCUACAAACCACCGACCGACUCACCCAUCUCGAGGUGGAGGAGCUCGAACACUUGACCAAUGAGACUUUGAUCACGCUGUCCAAGUCCAAAGCCGCCAAGACGCUCGAGCACCUCAGUGUGUCUUACUGUGAGCUCAUUGGAGACGUUGGCGUUCUUCCUCUGCUGAAAGCCUGCCCAAAUAUUCAAUCAUUGUGCCUCGACAACACGAGAAUCUCCGAUCUGGUACUCAUGGAAGCGUCGGAGCAGGUGAGGAACCGCGGCAGCACGACCAAGAAGAAUCAAAUCCCGAGAAAAGGGCUCGAGCUGGUGGCGUUUGACUGUGCCAACGUGACCUGGGCCGGAGUCCGGGAGAUCCUGCAAGGAAAUGGCCGGGUGAUGCAAGGACGCAAAAGAUCCGUCUACCAGACUCAGAAUUUUGUUGGAGAGAAUGGAGAAAAGGAGGAAAGCCGGCGGGUGAUUGAGAUCCAAACCCUGUUGUACCCGACCGAGGUGAUUCACCUCAAGGCAUUUUAUGGCUGGCGGCAGACCGUGGACGAGCACUAUAAACGUUGCACAACCGGCAGAUGGGGUGCCGCCGCCCGUCUCGAAGAGAAAUGGGCCGAGUGGAUGGUGGCCAGCGAGGAAGUUGGAGUUGUCGGCCACGGUUGGAGCUCGAGACGACGGCGAAGAAGGGCCCGUGAAGCCGAAAACAGAGUCCGAGAUGACGAGGAUGGGACCGCUCAAGACACUGGUACCGGUGACGACGAGGGUAGCGGUGCGGAGUUUGCGACAGGGAGGAACCCUCGCGCCGGCCGACGACGAGCUCGCAGUGGUGGAUGUCUGGUCAUGUGACGCGGCACUCUCUUUCGCAUUCCGCGCGUGCUCCUGCUCCCCAGGACGAUUCGAGUGGAUUGUAACAGGGAAAUGCUACACCCACGACAAGAUGUGUGGUCGAGGCAGUUGAAAUCUGCCACUGACUGAUUGUUUGAUUGUUGGAAUGAUGAACCCAGUUGACCUGCUGCGUUGUGGAGUUGGGGAAACGAUAUCUGGGUGCCAUGUUAUGCUAUGUGAGGGGGGAAUAUACGGCGUUGAGGUUAUGAGGCAUGAGAAUAUGGGCGUUAUAUUGAUGGCAUAUCUCGAAGUCAAUAGAGAUCAAGAUCUCUCUUCCAGCGGAGGCCACUAGCCAUGUGCGUGCAUUCUUAAGACGAUGACACACAAUGUACGAUGGCGAUUGGGGGUUGGGCAUUUAAGUGUCAUUCCACAAAGGAAGAAUUCAAGUGAUAUUCCAUGUGGCGAGCAUUCCUUGUCUAUAUCAUGAUCUGAGCGACAAUCGCGUGCAUUCAUCGGGAAGAUGUGUAUCUUGAGUUUCAAUGUUGAUAUACCAACUUUUCGAAGCGGUCCAACAGAUCCAGAGUCUCGGCGUCCAUAAAGGGAAAGAUGUUCGCAGCCACGACACCCAAUUUUCCACUUUGUGGAUCGACCCAAUAAUACUGGUUGGAGAUGCCUGCCCACGCGCCACUAUGUGUCCUGCGAGCCCCGGGGCGAUCGGCGAGGUUGAG